GGAGAGAAAAAAAUUCAAAGUGGUUUUCGGUCUUCCCUUUGUUGCCUCAUCAAAGACUUCCAUCUUAAAGAAAACAAUGUAGGUUAGCUCUCCACCCACGAGAUGGCAGUUAUGGCAGUAGGUAAACAACCCUUUCACCCCAGCCAUUUUCAGCUCAACCUCCAUCGAACUACCUUCCUUCGAUCGUUUUCCCCUCAGGUAUAUGAACCCGACACCAUCAUUGGCAGUCAUCAACACUUCCAGCAUCAUAAUUCAUUUUGUCUCCUACCCCAAGAUGGCCAGCACUAUCAGAUCGCAGGAGGACCAGCGCGCAGGAGCAGAGAUUGUGUACGGCUCUGAAGCGUGCUUCAACCACUCCAUAUCACUCCUGGAGGAGCUGGGAUUCCCCAAGGGCGUUCUCCCCCUGCAAGACCUAGUAGAGUGUGGCCGAGUGCGAGAAACUGGGUUCGUGUGGAUGAAACAGAAGGCGCCGUACGAGCACUUCUUCACUGGGACCAACACCCGGGUGAGCUACUCCAUGGAAGUGACUGCGUACGUGGAGAAGUUCAAAAUGAAGAAGAUGACAGGCAUCAAGAGCAAGCAGGUUUUCUUGUGGGUCCCGAUAACGGAGAUGAGCAUUGACGAUCCUGCGUCUCAGAAAAUUCACUUCAAGACUCCGGUGGGAAUCGGGAAGGCCUUUCCCCUCGUGUCAUUCAUGACGGAAGAAGAGAAACAGAAAUAUCUGGAGGAAGCUCGGAAAUAAUUAAAACUUCAUGUCAAUUAUUGCCAUGGUUUCAUCGUGUGUCUGUUGAUUGUCUCUGUACUGAGUUUGCUUCUAUAAAAUUAUCAAAUUGGGAAUAA